CACGUGUUGUAGGGCAGAGCCUUGAUAUUCGUUCACAGUGUGGUGCCCGGUGCCCUUUGCAAAAAUUAGCGAGAGAGGGCCCUGGAGUUGGCAGGACGCCAUGUCGGUGCAUGUCGGCAGACUCGACGCCAGCGGGAACUCGAGAGUUCACAUUGGAAACACAUCCUACCAGGCGGAAGACCGCUGCCUGGCUGACCUCCGACCGAGUGACCCACGCCACGACAAAAUACGCAUCGAAGAGGCCAAGGGCGGCCUGCUGAAGGAUUCGUACCGCUGGAUCCUCGACAACGACGACUUCCGACAAUGGCGCGACCAUGAUCACAGUCGACUGCUCUGGAUCAAGGGCGACCCGGGCAAGGGCAAAACCAUGCUUCUCUGUGGGAUCAUUGACGAGCUGAAACCUUCGACGAAACUGGCAGACAAGGAUUCCGGCAAGCUGCUGUCCUACUUCUUCUGCCAGGCCACCGACUCCCGCAUCAACAACGCUACCGCUGUGCUGCGCGGUCUGAUGUACCUCCUCAUCGAUCAGCAACCGUCGCUCAUCUCGCACCUGCGGAAAGCUUACGACCACUCGGGGAAACAGCUGUUUGAGGAUGCGAAUGCAUGGGUUGCCUUGUCGGAGAUGUUCAAGAUUAUGCUAGCGGACUCGCAACUGGGGGAUACAACCCUGAUCGUCGACGCUCUCGACGAGUGCGACACGGGCCUGCCGAAGCUCUUGGAUUUUAUCGCCCAGAAUUCGGGUUCGCCUGGCGUCAGAUGGCUCGUCUCUAGUCGUAACAAGCCUGAAAUCGAGAGCAAGCUUCGGGCUGAUUUGUCGCGGGCGAGGCUCAGUCUUGAGCUCAAGCAGAAUGCGGAUUGCGUAUCCCAUGCCGUCGACGUAUAUAUCGAGCAUAGUGUCCUCGAACUACCCUCAACACAAGGCGACGAGGUCGUCCAAGCACGGGUGAGGGACGCAAUGCGGCGAAAAGCCAACGGCACAUUCCUCUGGGUAUCCCUUGUCGUCAAGGAGCUCGAGGAUGCCGAGCGGUGGGAGGUGGAGGGCAUCGUUGACAAAAUGCCGACUAGCCUUAAGGAAAUAUACCAUCGAAUGUUUGGACAGAUCCAACGUCGGGAGCGAAGAAACCCAGAGCACUGCCAACGCUUGCUUUCCACGGCUGCUACAGCAUAUCGCCCGCUGAGCCUCGACGAGUUGGGUGUCCUUUCCGAUUUACCAGAGGACAUCUCAAGGGAUCCCAAGUCUGUCGAGAGCAUCGCGCGCCUGUGCGGGUCCUUCCUCACCAUCCAGGACGGCGUUGUUUACAUCAUCCACCAGACGGCGAAGGACUUCCUGUCAACAGAUAUGAGACUCGGCAUCGCACAUCAGACCAUUUUUUCGAGGUCACUCAAGGUUAUGUUCAGGACACUCCGACCCGACAUGUAUGGCUUAGUCGCCCCCGGAUCUUCCAUUGAUGCUGUCCAGAGACCCGACAUAGACCCCUUAGCCGCGGCACGCUACUCAUGCGUCUCCUGGGUCUACCAUUUGGUUCAUUCACCCGCGCAGGGAAACCACACAGAUGUGUAUGCGUUCUUAAGCCGGUGUUGUCUUUAUUGGAUUGAGGCGCUCAGCCUCCUCAGGAGCAUUUCAGAUGGAGUACUUUCCUUGGCAAAGCUCGAGGAAUUCUGUCGGGAGGGAGAAACUGAGUUGGUCGACCUAGUUCGAGACACACGCCGAUUUAUUCAACACUUCAAAUACGCGAUAGAGGAUGCUCCUCUUCAGGUAUACGCUUCGGGCCUUGUCUUCAGCCCGGCUCGCAGCAUAGUCAGAGGGUUGUUUGCACGAGACGAACCGAAAUGGAUCGGACUCAAGCCAGUCGUGGAAGCGGACUGGAGUGCAUGCUUAUGGACCCUCGAGGGCCAUGCUGGCCGCGUUGAUGCUGUGGCGUUUUCGCCCGACGGCUCACUACUUGCAUCAGCAUCGGCUGAUAGUACAAUCAAGACCUGGAACCCGAAGACAGGCGCGUGCCAGUCGACCUUUAGAAGCUGUCGACUCAUCCAGUGGGUAGCAUUUUCGCCCGACGGCUCUCUAAUUGCUUCUGCUACAGGAGAAGUGGACCCUGGCGUCAUGGUCUGGGACGCCGCAACAGGCGAGUGCCAGUUGACCCUCCGCGGCAACUGUGAGUCUCUCGAAUCGGUGAUAUUCUCGCCUGAUGGUCUACUCCUUGCAUCUGCAUCGAAGGAUGGCACUGUUAGGCUCUGGGAUUUGAUGGGCACCUGCCAAGCGACCCUCCUUCACCACGUGUCCAUGUUCGCCAUCCGUCAUGAUGACUGUCCCUGUUCAGUGUAUUUCUCAGCUGACAGCGCAUUGCUCGCAUCCGUGUCGCGUAGCGGCACUGUCAAGGUGUGGGACGCAAAUCACACAUGCCAAUCGACCUUUCAACACCAUGGGCCAACCCGAGCCGAGUUGACAGUGCUCUCAGCUAGCCUCCAGCUUUGUGUGUUCGUAGCAGGUGGCAAUUUGGAGAUCUGGAACACCGCAACACGAACCCGACUGUCAACCCUUGAGCAUUGCAGGCCCAGGUCAGCGGUGUUCUCGCCUAGCGACCAGUUGCUCGCAUUAGGGAACUUGGACGGGAUAAUCACGAUCUGGGAUAUUGUGUCAGGCACAUCCCUGGCAACGUUUGUGGGCCAUCGCGGCUCCAUUACGUCCAUGGCAUUCUCCCCAGACAACUCACUGCUCGCUUCGGCGUCUGACGAUGAAACUGUUAAAAUAUGGGAUGCUACGAGUUCCCAGUCAACCUUGGAGAACCAGAGCGCCUAUGUUACCUCCAUAAUCUUCUCGUCUACUGGCCCCCUGCUACUCACAGUGACAGCAAAUAAUCAUAAUGAUUAUACCAUUAAGAUUUGGGAUCCUACGACAGGCAACUGCCAAUCAACUCAGGACCACCUGUUUGACUUUCCAAUAAUAAAGCUCUCGCCGGACGGCUCAAUGCUCGCCUGGUCACUACGCAAAGGCACCAUGGAAAUCUGGAACACUGCAACGGAAACACGGCGUUCGGUGUUCAAGCUUGAUGGGUCCCGAAUCACAUCAGUAGCAUUCUCACCUGACGGCAAACUGCUGGCAUUAGCAUCGUGGGACAUGACAGUCAAAAUCUGGGACGUCGCCUCAGGCACGUGCCGGGCAAUUCUUACCGGUCUCAAAGGGUGUGACGUUUCGGUGGCAUUCUCGUCCGACGGCACAUUGCUUGCCACGGUGACUUUUCGUACUAGCCUCAUGGUCUGGGAUCUUCAGACUGGGGAGUUCCUAUCAGAGCUUCACUCUGGCAGGUUUGGGUUCGAAGCAGCUGUAUUCUUGUCUAGUCCGCUACUCGCGUCGGUGGCGGACAGGGGGGCUAUUGAGAUCUGGGAUACCAGCACUGGAAGGUGCCUCCAGGUCAUCGAGACUGGGAAGAAUAUAGAACUGCUCUCCUUCGAUCCGGCCACCUCGUGCCUCUAUACUAAUUUCGGCGCCAUUCGACUAGAUCUGUCGUGUUUGGACAGUGGCAUGGCGGUAACGACUCUGGACCGAACGCCGUCUGACCCAGCCCGGCGCGUGGGUUACGGCAUCAGCUUUGAUCGCGCAUGGAUAAUGUGGAAUUCACAGAGGAUCCUCUGGCUCCCGACGGAAUAUCGACCGUGGAAAUCGGCUAUAGAGGGAUCGACUGUGGUUCUUGGCUGUCAGUCGGGACGCGUCUUGAUACUGAGGUUUUCGGAAGGCGGGCCGGGGUCUUGAAGAGUGUGCGCGAGGAAGGGAGAGCGCCAUUGGUUGUCCGCAUCUAUUUUCUUUCUACGGGUUGUGUUGCUAGUUCGAGGAGGCGGCAAUCGGUGUACCAGAAUUAACAUGGUAGAUAAGGGGGUUGGGCAGAACACAUGUGGUUAGGCUGAACAAGACACCCAGGGAUUCUCCUACGCUAAGCGGGUUGGUCCUGCGAACACAGUGCCCCGGGGUUAGCUCGUCACCCGCUCAGACCAUAUCAACGGAACGUC